AUGGAUACCCAGCAGCUUUUAAACGAACGCGCCGCAAUCGUCUCAGACAUCGUAAAGAAUCUUCGGGACAUUGUUGUACGCGAAGAUCCACCCGAGGAUGAUGAAAUUGAAGCAGAGAUUUCGAGCAAAACGCUCUCUGAGGGCCGCAGCCCUUCGAACUCAGACAGCGAUUCGACUUUACAAACUCAAGAAGAACGCAAUUGGAUCAACGACACCCCGACAUGGACCCCUCCGACCGAUCUCGCUCUAUACUCGGCAAAUUCAUCAUCAUCCACGUCCGAGUGGAGGAAAGCAUGUGGAGACCUCCACGCAGUUGUCUCUAGAGAGGAAAUGUUCCAUGUCCCUGUAACCAAAGACUUCUUCGAUAGCUCGGCCUUCACAUCCCUUACCAUCAAGCCCAANAAGAAGGACCUGCGGAAGCUCAAGCAUGCUAUACAGCAACCAGUACAGCCACCUUACCUAGCAGAAGUCAUCUUCGAUUGCAAGGCGAUUCGAACGAGAGAAGACGUUGACAACCUGGAAAAGUGUCGUGAACCACUAGUUGACAUCCUCAAACUUCUCUAUGAACAAGGACGAAAAACCAGCGACGGACAAGAGCGACAAACCAACGACGGACAAGAACCACAAACCAGUGUUGAUCAAGGCCGACGAACCGAUACCGUCCCGGCCCACCCAAUCAGAGAUGCUUUGAUCAUCCUCCUGGAAGCCUUUCUGUGCGCUAUUGAAACGAAGCAAGAGACAUGGUGCAGUUGGAACACCAGUGACCCAAAAGUCAGAGAUCGGCCUGACGAGAUGCAAGCCAGUUGUUCCUUGACCUACCUAGGAAUUGGUCCGUUUGAGCGAGACCUACCUAGAUUCAAAGUGUACUUCGACUAUGGCUUGAACAUCGGCAACCUGACUGUUACGGAAUCCGGUGAAAAGACCGUUCAAGAAGUGUGGUUGUGCAUCUUCGAAGAUGAGUUCGAAUUUGGUCGUUUGCUAAUCAAUGGCUGGCCUGGAAUUACUCGACCAUAUCUCGAUUACAACCUUGUCGCAUUCGAAGCUUUGCUCAUGACCACAGGAUUGAGAAGGAUCGAACUUCGGAAUACGAAGAUCCAUCUAGGAGGUUUGCUGUCACUUCUGAACCGCAAUAGGCAUACCUUGGAUAUACUCAUACUGGAGCAAGUUGAAGCUGACGAGGGCAUCGACUCUUAG